UUUUUUUUGCGUUGUUCGUGGAAAAGAAGAAGAAAGAAAAAAAAAAAGGCGGCGGAGGAAAAUUUCGAGAUGGUUUUGAGGGCUAGGAGGGGGUCAUGUGAUGCGACGUGGUGUUUGUCUUGUUUGGCGCGGCAUCGCAGGACGGGGAUUACAUAAGAUCGCGCUGGUUGGUGGGGGUUUGAUCUUCGAGCCAGAAAAAGAAAAAAAGACGAGAAAAGGUGCGUAUUAUUCAGGAGGGGAAGCGGAUUUAUGAAGUAACUUGGAGUAUUUUUUUUGUUUUUUUCGUUUUACUUUAUUUACUCCCGUUCCCUCUAUUUCCUUUUUCUUACUAUAUUUUAGCCAACUGUCAGCGAGACAGCUAUAGCAAUUGGAUAUUCUAAACCUCCUGGUGCUAAAGAAAUCCCUCGACCCUACCAAGCUCGACAGGCCUGCUCUCAGGUAUUUUCGGAAUAAGAUGGCGCAGAAGUCGGCGAUCCUGUCGGUCUACGACAAAACUGGCUUGCUAGAUCUGGCCAAGGGCCUCAUCCAAUACAAUGUUCGCUUGCUCGCGUCUGGCGGUACGGCGAAGAUGAUUCGGGAGGCUGGAUUUCCGGUUGAGGAUGUAUCCGCCAUCACGCACGCCCCCGAAAUGCUGGGUGGUCGUGUGAAGACCCUUCAUCCUGCAGUCCACGGCGGAAUCCUCGCCCGGAAUAUCGAGUCCGACGAACAGGAUCUGGCAGACCAGAAGAUCGCGAAGGUCGACUAUGUCGUCUGCAACCUAUACCCAUUCAAGGAGACUGUGGCCAAGGUCAAUGUUACCAUGGAGGAGGCUGUCGAGGAAAUUGAUAUUGGAGGUGUCACACUACUGCGCGCUGCGGCUAAGAACCAUGCCCGGGUCACCAUUCUCAGCGAUCCGAGCGAUUACCCGGAAUUCCUAAGCCAGUUGGAGGCGGGGGAUGUUUCAGAGAAGAACCGGAAGCUUUAUGCUCUCAAGGCGUUUGAGCACACUGCAGACUAUGACGAGGCGAUCUCAGGCUUCUUCAGGAAGCAGUACGCUGCUGGUACACAGUACAUGCCGCUUCGUUAUGGCGCGAAUCCACACCAGAAACCCGCUUGCGCCUUCACCAGGCAGGGCCAGCUCCCAUUCAGGGUCCUUGGCGGGUCUCCAGGAUAUAUCAACCUUCUCGACGCUUUGAACGCAUGGCCACUCGUUAAAGAAUUGAAGCAGGCCCUAGGCUACCCAGCUGCCGCCAGCUUCAAGCACGUUUCUCCCGCCGGUGCCGCCAUUGGCGUCCCACUGAACGAGAAGGAGAAGAAGGUCUACAUGGUCGACGAUAUCGCCGGCAUCGACGAGUCGGGAUUGGCACAGGCAUACGCCCGCGCCAGAGGCGCAGACCGCAUGUCCAGUUUCGGCGACGUCAUCGCCCUCUCCGACAUCGUCGACGUCCCUACCGCCAAGAUCAUCUCCCGUGAAGUCUCCGACGGCGUCAUCGCGCCAGGCUACACCCCCGAGGCCCUAGCCCUCCUCACCAAGAAAAAGGGCGGCAAAUAUCUCGUCCUCCAAAUGGACGAGGCCUAUAACCCGCCCGCCGACGAAACCCGCUCCGUCUACGGCGUCCAGCUCUCCCAACACCGCAACGACGCCACCAUCCACCCCAACAGCUCCUUCACCUCCAUCGUCACACCCAAGGACCUGAAGAAACUCCCCGACUCCGCCCUGCGCGACCUCACCGUCGCCACCAUCGCGCUCAAAUACACUCAGUCGAACUCCGUCUGCUACGCGCUGAACGGGCAAGUCAUCGGCCUCGGCGCGGGCCAGCAGAGCCGCAUCCACUGCACGCGCCUGGCGGGCGAUAAGGCAGAUAACUGGUGGAUGCGGUUCCAUGAGCGGGCGCUGAGUAUACGGUGGAAACCGGGGACGAAGCGGGCGGAGAAGAGUAAUGCGAUUGAUAUGUUGUGUUCCGGACAGGUGCCGGGCAAUGCCGUUGAGAAGGCGGAUUUUGAGAAGGUGUUUGAGGACGGGUGUGUGCCUGUGCCGUUUACGGUUGAGGAGCGGGAUGGGUGGUUGGAGCAGUUGGGAGAGGUGGCGGUCUCGUCGGAUGCUUUUUUCCCCUUCGUUGACAACGUGUUCCGCGCCGCACGGUCUGGUGUUAAAUACAUCGCUGCACCGAGCGGAAGCCAGAAUGAUGGUCCUGUCUUUGAGACGGCGGAGAAACUGGGGAUUGUGUUCGUGGAGCAGGGGAUUCGGUUGUUCCAUCACUGAUUUUUUUAUUUUAUUUUCUUAUACAUGUUUCUUUAUUUCUUCGAUUAUGUUUCCUGAUUAACCACUGGAGGUCUAAAAAUGGAAAAAUAGAUAACUAUAAAAGUCGACGGCGAUGUUUAUGUUGAUUGUUAUUUUUGAAUUGUGAUGGGUUCUGAUUCACCCUGAUGUGAAGCGGAGGCGCCUGAAUGCCUAGGUAUUCCGAAGUAAUGCAAAACAUAUAUAUAUAUAUAUUCGAGCACGGGCAUAGGGUAUGUACAGCACAUGAUAUAUAUAUUUCAUUAACUAAAUGCAUUCGGGAGAUUUGGUGGGAGGCUCUAGACUACACAAAACCAGUAACUGAGUACUCCGUAACUCGGCACUUUUUAUGCCUUUUUGCUUACAUGGUUUUCGCGCUGAUUGGAAAAGAGAGAAGAGUGUCAGUCAGCUCCUAUAUUCGUCACCUUUGUGCUGCUACGGGGUUUAUGAUAUGAUAUGGUAAUGACGCUACUCGCGGAAGUCAUUUCUUUCUCUCUCAAUGCGCCAGGGCCCGGAGACUGGAUCGUCUUCACUUUUCCUUCAUGAUGGAAGGGGGAGAAGGAAAGGGAAGCAAUUGGAGAGUUGGGGACAAGGGAAGAUGGAAGGGGAGAUGAAGUCACGAUAUUAUUGCAACCGUUCCUGUUCUGAAGUGACAAAAAGGAUAAUAAUAACCUAUGAGAAAUAUGAAGACGCAGAUGUAUAAUUUCUUUCAUGUAUAGUUAAUAUGUAGUAAAUAAAUAAUAAAUAUCCCCUAACUAACGCAA